AAAAUAUAUUCGAUGUGAAUGAAUUAAAUAAAUCUCUAUUAAAAUGGUAAAUGAAAAGGAAUUCUGGACUAGAAUUUAUAAAAACGUACCAAAAUGCAAAAAAAGAAAAUUUAGAGUAGUUCCUGCCUUUACCAUACAAGCAAUGCAGGAUAACACAGUAGUUGCUGACCCACCUCGAUGUGAAUUAUAUAAAUUACGCCGUCCAAAACCAUCUUCAUUUAGAAAAUUUUAUGAACGAGGCGCAUUUCCGAUUUCAUUAGAGAAGGAAGGUUCUGGAUGGAAAAUCAAUUGGAAAGUAGAUAUAUUAAAUCUAGAUUUUCAUUAUUAUUUACCUUUGUUCUUUGAUGGUUUGACAGAAGAAGAGCAACCUUAUAAAUUUGUAGUAGAACAAGGUAUCUCUGAUAUGUUAGAUCACGGAGGACCAAAAAUACUACCUGUUCUUCCACAAUUGAUUAUUCCAAUUAAAAGUGCUUUAAAUACAAAGAUACCAAAAGUAAUGGGUGCUACAAUGAGAGCACUUCAGCAUUUAGUACGUUCUGCGGAUGGUGUUGGUGAAGCAUUAGUUCCAUAUUUUAGACAAAUUCUUCCAAUUCUAAAUUUACUUAAAGAUAAAAAUGUCAACCUUGGUGAAGGGAUUGAUUAUUCUCAUCAAAGAGGUGAAAAUACUGCAGAUAUAAUACAAGAAACACUUGAAGUGUUAGAAAUGUAUGGUGGCGAAGAUGCAUUUAUAAACAUUAAAUACAUGGUUCCCACUUAUGAGUCAUGUAUCAUGAACUAAUAU